GUGCAUCUCGAAAGCCUGGUCGGGCUCGGGGACGGAUGAGCUUCUCAUCCUCAUGACCUAUGUACCUGGCGUCACGUGCCCGGCUGAAUACCGCGAUGUCAAGGACGCAAACGAGUGCCAGCGCCUUGCCAUUCAGUAUGGGCACACUUUUGAGGGCAAACUGACCGAAGACGGCAACUGGAUUCACGGCUGCUUUGAAUGGUAUGAUACCAAAUACGCUGAUGGGGGCAGUCCCAAGGGAUCAUUCCUGAAAGUCUACUGGAACGAACGCCCGGGCGCAACCGAGGGUGUCUAUGGCGGCCACAAGCCGUGCGUCUACAACCCACAGUAG